CCCAAAAAUAACAGAAAACCACCAGACCCAGACCCAGACCCUUAGGCCUUUACUCUUUCCCGGGCGUCUAAGGACGGACCUGCUCUUCAGUUCCGCCGCACCGAGCUUCGGGGGACUCACCUAUCCGCACCAUGCGCACGUUAGCAUCCAAGCUCGCCACUUAUUCAAAGUAUUACCGUACAAGAAACCCGGUGCGCAAUGCGCCUUCCCGCAAUUUCUCAACUUACAACGGAAGAGAUGAGCUCUCUCUUGAAGAGGAAGCUGAAAGAAAAAUUGGGUGGAUGUUGAAACUGAUAUUUGCUGGGACUGCAACUUGCGUAGCUUACAACAUAAUGCCUUAUAUGGGUGAUACUUUGUUGCAACAGUCCGUGUCGUUGUUGACAGUCAAGGAUCCGUUGUUUAAGAGAAUGGGGGCUUCUCGAUUAGCUCAGUUUGCGGUUGAUGAUGAAAGGAGGAUGAAAAUAGUGGAGAUGGGUGGUGCUCGAGAGCUGGUGAAUAUGUUGGGCGGUGCUAAAGAUGACCGCACAAGAAAGGAGGCUUUGAAAGCUCUUUCUGCUCUGUCACCUUCAGCAGAUAAAGCUCUUGGAGCUUUACACCAGGCUGGGGCAAUCUCGGUUAUCAGAUCUAGCCCGGAUUCCCUGGAGAAUGCUGAAAUUGAGAAAUACAAGUCAAGCUUACUCAGAAGAUUCCAAGAUCUGAGGUACGAUUUUCCAACCGCAGAUGUUUCAAGGUCUUUAAACUCUUAAUCUCCAAUUACCGACUGCAUCACAACCUCUAAAACGCCAUGUUUCGAUUUGUAAAAAUAGAUGUGUAUACUCUGUAUCCUUCUUUUUUCUCCCUAUAAAUGUAAUAAAUAGAGUUUUUGAAUUCAGAAAGUUGGCUUUAACUCA